AUGCUCCGCCGCAAACCCACCGCCGUGACCAUCACCAACGACGACAUGGCCGCCAUCGAGGAGGCCUACCUCAACCUCACGCGCGCCCAUUACCUCAAGACGGGCGAGGAUCCGGACGGUCUGUUCACCAACGACCCCACCACCAACGGCACCGGCAGCGGCAAGAAGACGCAGGCGCAGGUCGAGGCCGACGCGAGUGACGAGCUCAAGCCGUUGCCGGGGGAUAAUGCGCGCGGGGGAGGUGGCGGGAGGAGUCGUGACGAGAGGAUCAUGGGCGCGCGGUGA